AUGGCGUGCAUGUGGGUGGAGCCCGAGCAGCCCCGCGCGCGCAAGGCGUGCGGCAAGAGCUUCGCGUCCAUGCACGAGAUCAAUCACCCACCUCACCGUGGAGCACGUGGGCGGGCCCGAGUGCACGACGCACGCGUGCUUCUGGCAGGGCUGCCCGCGCAACGGCCGCCCCUUCAAGGCCAAGUACAAGCUGGUGAACCACAUCCGCGUGCACACGGGCGAGAAGCCCUUCCCGUGCCCGUUCCCCGGCUGUGGCAAGGUGUUCGCGCGCUCCGAGAACCUCAAGAUCCACAAGCGAACGCACACGGGGUUAUGCCGGACCGAAUUCCAUGA